GUGUCGGUGCAAUUGAUGGUAAGCACGUUGCAAUUAAGUGCCCGGCCAAUUCCAAUUCGAUGUUUUACAAUUAUAGAAAAUUCUUUAGCAUCGUUUUGAUGGCUGUAUGUGAUGCGAAAUAUACGUUCACAGCAGUUAGUAUUGGCAGCUAUGGAAGUCAAAGUGACGGAGGAAUCUUUCGACUUACUCCAUUUGGUCAUGCAUUAAUACAAAACACUCUGCCUUUGCCACCACCUGUGCCACUGUCUGACGUGUCACCGGAACCUUUUCCUUACUUUUUCGUUGGAGAUGCCGCAUUCCCAUUACGAAAUAAUUUAAUGCGCCCAUUUCCUGGAGCUAAUCUAACACACACGAAACGUAUUUUCAAUUAUCGAUUGUCACGCGCUCGUAGAGUCAUAGAAAAUUCCUUUGGUAUAUUGACUGCUCGGUGGAGAAUUUUGAAAACAACGAUUGAAUGUAAUCCAGAAAAUUGUGAAAAAAUUGUAUUGGCUUGCAUAGUCUUACACAAUUUUAUAAUGUUGAAUGAUCACAAUCGCUGGUAUUGUCCGGAGAACUACGUAGAUCGAGUGGAAGGACAUAACAUUCUUAAUGCCGGUGAGUGGCGCCGGGAAACUGAAAACAACUCUUUACGACCAAUGCGAACUUCGGUGCGUAGAGGUCCUUCAACUGCGUUUAACCUACGGGAGAGACUUGCUAACUAUUUUAUAAAUGAAGGAUCUGUACCAUUCCAAAACAAGUUAGACUCUAUUACAGGAGAACCACAUGCUCCUGGAGGACCGUAUUAA